AUGUAGCAUCAAUUUUCAAACCUUGCCUGCAAAAAUAAUCAUGAUUAACCAAUCACAAAAGUUAGAUUGGGAAAGCAAUUAACUUAAACAGAUAGAUUCCUUUGUGAUUUAUGCAAUGAACAAUAACCAAAUGAAUAAAUUUUGGAUAUUACAUUAGUUUAAUAAAUAAUCAAUGAUUUUAAGAAAAAACAACAGGAAUCAAAAGAACUCUUUUUACGUUUUAAAUCAAAACAAAUAUAUAGAGUUGAAAGUAAUGUUUCUACAUUGAUAUCCUCACUCAUUUAAAUAUUAAAGGAAUUAUAAAAAAUUACUGAAAAUUGGAAGUAUUAUAUAGAAUCAAUUGAUCAAUAAAAUUGCCCUUCAGAUUUCAAAUUAGAUGUUGAUAAUUUAAUUUUCAACAAAUGGGAUGACGAAUUAAAAGAAUAUUUUGUAAAUAUUGAAGAAAAAAAUCUGAAUUGGAUCUAAAAAAUCUAAUCCAAAUUAAAUCUAUUUUGCAAUUUCUAAGAAAUUGAAAAUUGCAAAUUAAUUUUAUAAGAAUCAAUAGUUCUUGAUGACAUUUCUCCUGUCAGAGUUAAAGAUAAUUCAAUCUCUUUAGCAUUAAUAUACAAUUCGUCCUUUCAAAAUGAAACUUGCAAUGCAAUUUCCAUAAAUAGAACAGGUAAACUAAUUGCAACAUGCAAAGAGUAUAACAUAACAAUUUGGGAUUUUGUUGAUGGAAAAAUGAAAUCUUUAACAUAAUUAGAUAGGCACAAAGAUUAUGUAAGUUGCUUAGUUUUUAGUAAAAAAGUAGAUUCCUUAAUUUCUGCUUCAUAUGAUAAAACCAUCUUCUGCUGGAAACAAUUAGAUAAAACUAAGUGGAUUUGUUCGCAAUUACAUUUCUAACAUACAGGGCCAAUAAACUGCAUAUUAUUAAAUUAAAAUGAAAACUAGCUUAUAAGUGGGAGUUCCGAUCAAAAGAUAAUAAUAUGGGAUGUUGAUUUAAAUCAAAACAAACUAAAUUAUUCAUACCCAUUAUAAUUAACAGCUGGUGAUGUUGAAGGUUUAACAAUGAAUAAAUCUGAAACAAUUUUAGUAUCAUGCUAGAAUAAUAAAUCUAUUAUAAUUUGGAGUAAAGGAAAUGAUGAAAAAUGGAAAUUUCAAUCAACUGUUACAAAACUUGUCUAAGAAUUUGGAUCAAGAAUUAGUUUUUUGAAUGACAACUAAUUUAUCUGGGUAUCAGGAGAAAGAGAAAGCUUGGAUUGUAUUUGUGUGUUUUAUAAUAAUAAUGGGUAAUUUUUCGAAAAUUAAUAAAAGAGAAUAAAAUUAUUAAAAAAUAAUAAGGAAUUUGAUUUUCACUUGUUUCCGAUAUGUUAUAAUUAAGAGAAAAAGAUAAUGAUCGUCAAACAUAAAAUAAGAAUAUAUGUACUAAGGUAAUAUCCAGAUGAUGAAAUCAAAAUUGCAGGAGUUAUUACUUGUAAAUCUACUAGAAUUUUUGGAUCAUUAACUAACGAUGGAUAGUUUUUAGUUUAUUGGGAUGCUAAUGGAAGCAAUUCUGGAGGUGGUUAAUAUUAUAUCUAUAAAAUUUGA